AUGGCAGCCAUGACCAACCGUGUUUGGUCCGCCUUCAAUCCUCCAAAAGUGACCAAGAAGGAUGACGCUCUGAAAUUUGGUAUUCUGGGUGCUGCAAGCAUCGCUCCUCUCUCGCUGAUCAUCCCCGCCAAAUCUCAUCCUGAAGUCAUUGUUCAAGCUGUCGCAGCGCGUGACCGAUCAAAAGCAGAAACAUUUGCAAAGUCGCACGGCAUCCCAGAAGUCAAGGAUACAUAUCAAGAUAUCCUUGAUGAUCCGAACAUCGACUGCGUCUUCAUCCCGCUACCUAACGGCCUCCACUACGAAUGGGCCGUUCGUGCAAUUCGUGCUGGCAAGCAUGUUCUUCUUGAGAAGCCUUCGACAUCGAAUUCGACUGAAGCUAAGAUUCUGUUCAAUAUGCCUGAGCUCUCUCAGCCAAACGGUCCGGUAAUACUUGAAGCUUUCCACAAUCGCUUCUACCCAUCUUGGAAUCUGUUCAAGUCAAUGAUCAAUCCUGCGGAUGUGGUUCAUGUCACUUCGAACUCGAUGAUCCCUUGGUGGGCUUCUUCCAAGGACGAUAUCCAUUUCAACUACAACAUCUCUGGCGGUACCAUGAUGGCCAUGGGCACUUACAACUGUGCAGCACUUCGUCUGCUGUUUGACGCCGACCCUGUUGAAUGUAUGAGUUGCGACGUUGGGGCUUACACGGAUGGAGUCCACGACAAGUGCGACUACGAGUUUCAAGCCAAGUUUCGGUUCCCCAAUGGCGGUAUUGGUGAGGCGAGCAGUACUCUUCGGGGCGGAACCAUUCUCAAGCCGUCUUUUGUGACUGUGACCACCAGAGAGAUUGCUGUGCCCGACAGUACCCUUCCUGAAGACCAGGAAAAGUUUCAAACGCAGAUACUGACGCUGAACGGCAUGAUUCAUGGUGUUUUCUGGCACCGCAUCGACGUCAAGACCAAAUUCGAGAUCCGCAGUAAAGAUACAGGCAAAGUUGUCAAGAAGUGGGAGGAAAACGAGUCUCGCAAGGCCUACACAUUCAGGGAAGCAGGCGGUGAAUUUGCUGAUCUUCCUGGUGAGACAUUCUGGAUGUCGUACAGGUAUCAGCUGGAAGCUUUUGUGAAUAGGAUUCGAGGUUGGGAGACCCAACAUUGGGUGGAUGGGCAAGAUUCGAUCGCGCAGAUGAAGAUGAUCGAUAUGGCUUAUGAGAAAAGUGGUCUGGGACCAAGGCCAAGCAGCUCAUUCUCAUGA